AGGGGCAGGGGCGUGGCAUCGCGGGGCACCAACACCCCCGAUUUUAGGGCCUGGCUGAGCUAGUAGGCCCGUGAACCUCGGCUUUGCGAAAACGCGUGGUCUUCUCUACCUGUCCAAGUUGCCACCAUGGCCCUGCUCCGAGGUGUGUUUGUUGUUGCUGCUAAACGAACGCCCUUUGGAGCUUAUGGAGGUCUACUGAAAGACUACAGUGCUAUUGAUUUAAAUGAGUUUGCUGCCAGGGCUGCUCUGUCUGCUGGCAAAGUCCCACCUGAAACCAUUGACAGUGUCAUUGUAGGCAAUGUCAUGCAGAGUUCUUCAGAUGCUAUAUACAUGGCAAGGCAUGUUGGUUUACGAGUGGGAGUCCCAAAAGAAACCCCGGCUCUCACGGUCAAUAGGCUCUGUGGCUCUGGCUUCCAGUCCAUUGUGAAUGGAUGUCAGGAAAUUUGUGUCAGAGAUGCUGAAGUUGUCUUGUGCGGAGGAACUGAAAGUAUGAGUCAGGCUCCCUUCUGUGUCAGGAACGUACGCUUUGGAACUAGGUUUGGAUUUGAUAUCAAGCUGGAAGAUUCUUUGUGGGAAGGAUUAACAGAUCCACAUGUUAAACUUGCCAUGGCACUUACUGCAGAGAAUCUUGCAGUACAACAUAAAAUAAGCAGAGAAGAUUGUGACAGAUACGCCCUUCAGUCACAGCAGAGAUGGAAAGCUGCUAAUGAUGCUGGCUACUUUAAUGAUGAAAUGGCGCCAAUUGAGGUGAAGACAAAGAAAGGAAAACAGACAAUGCAAGUGGAUGAGCAUGCUCGGCCCCAAACAACACUGGAGCAGUUACAGAAACUUCCUCCAGUGUUCAAGAAGGAAGGGACAGUUACUGCGGGGAAUGCAUCGGGCGUAUCUGAUGGUGCUGGAGCUGUUAUCUUAGCUAGUGAAGAUGCUGUUAAAAAACAUAACUUCACACCACUGGCAAGAAUCGUGGGCUACUUUGUGUCUGGAUGUGAUCCAUCUAUUAUGGGUAUUGGUCCUGUUCCUGCCAUCAGCGGGGCACUAAAGAAAACAGGGCUGAGUCUCAAGGACAUGGACCUGGUAGAGGUGAAUGAAGCUUUUGCUCCCCAGUACUUGGCUGUUGAGAAGAGUUUGAAUCUUGACCCAAGUAAGACCAAUGUGAACGGAGGAGCCAUUGCUUUGGGUCACCCAUUGGCCGGAUCUGGAACACGAAUUACCGCACACCUGGUUCAUGAAUUAAGGCGUCGAAGUGGAAAAUACGCUGUUGGUUCAGCUUGCAUCGGAGGCGGCCAAGGCAUUGCAGUCAUCAUUCAGAAUGUGGCCUGAGAGAACCAAGGAGCCACUGUGUGCCUCUCUUACUUCUCAUGGCUGGCUCUGGUAAAACAGGUGACCUUCGUGGCAGCUGCCGCACUACCCUGCUUACCCCUGAAAUAGCGAUUGAGUUUGAGCCGGGAUUGAUGAGGGGAAAACGCACUUAUCAUGAGUGACAUCCUGUGCCAGAGAAAGGUCUCUCACGUUUCCGUCUAAAUGUGAGUGUAACGUGCUGUGUUUCUGAAUGAAAAUCCAACUGUAAAAGACCUCACGAGAAAUGAGAAACGAUCCUACCAAAUAAAAACCACUAAUGCCUUAGAUGAUAUGAUUAUAAGGAAAGUAAAUAAAGAUUGCCUUAAUUUUAGCUAUUCCUUUCCCAUUGGUAUAUUUUUGAAAAUUUUUUGAAUUAUGAUAAAGUACACUUUGUAAAAUUAGUCAUUUUUAAGUGUAGAGUUCAGUGGCAUUAAAUGCAUUCACACAAAUAUUACCACCGUCUGUCCCCAGAACUCUUUUGUCUCAUGGAACUGAAACUCACUGAACAAUAAUGCCCCAUCCUGUACUCUUCACAGCUCCUGCCAUCACCAUACUGCCUCUGGUCUCUAUGCUUUUCACUGCUCUAGGUGUCUCAUGUAAGUGGAAUUCAUUUUUAUCUGGUUGUGCCUAGUUUAUUUCACUUACCGUAAUGUCCUCAAAGUUCAUCCAUGUCAUAGCAUAUGUCAGAGUAACGUUUUAAAGUCUGAAUACUA